UGCUGAAGUGACUGCCCCACUGUCACUGACCCUCAGUUUGGUGCUCUGCAGCUCUGUGACUAACCAAGAAGUCUUAUUUUUUUUCCUCACCCAAACUCUUUUUGGAAAAUUUCCUACAAGAGCCGAAUUUUAAACACAUUUACUCUAUAGGAAGCAACAGAAAGGAAGCAUGUCAGCUGAAACACCAAUCACACUGAGUAUCAAUCCUCAGGAUCUGCGGGUCCAGACAUUCACUGUAGAGAAGCUACUGGAGCCUCUCAUAAUCCAGGUUACUACACUUGUAAAUUGUCCCCAGAAUCCGUCCAACAGGAAAAAAGGACGUUCAAAAAGAGCCAGAGUCCUUCUAGCUUCUGUGGAGGAAGCAACUUGGAAUUUAUUAGACAAGGGAGAGAAGAUUGCUCAGGAAGCCACAGUUUUAAAGGAAGAACUUACUGGGGCACUUGAGGAAGUUCGCAAAGAGAGUGAAGCUCUGAAAGUAUCAGCUGAGAGAUUUGCAGAUGACCCCUGUUAUCUCCCGAAGAGGGAAGCUGUGGUUCAGGCUGCCCGUGCCUUGCUGGCUGCAGUAACCAGACUCCUUGUCCUCGCAGAUAUGAUUGAUGUCAUGUGUCUCUUGCAGCACGUGUCAGCUUUUCAGAGGACGUUUGAGUCUCUUAAAAAUGUUUCCAGCAAAUCUGAUCUCCAGAAAACCUACCAGAAGCUUGGGAAGGAGCUUGAAAAUCUGGACUAUUUAGCCUUCAAACGUCAGCAGGACCUAAAAUCUCCAAAUCAGAGGGAUGAAAUUGCAGGUGCCCGGGCCUCAUUGAAGGAGAACUCCCCCAUACUGCAUUCAAUUUGUUCAGCUUGUUUGGAACAUUCUGACGUUGCAUCCCUUAAAGCUAGCAAGGACACAGUUUGUGGAGAAAUUCAGAACGCCCUCAAUGUAAUUUCAAAUGCUUCACAGGGCAUCCAGAACAUGUUAGCCCCACCAGAGCCUCAGGCAGCAACCCUGGGAAGUGCCCUUGAUGAGCUUGAGAGUUUAAUUGUCUUGGAUCCACUCACAGUGACUGAGGAGGAAAUAAGACCGUGCCUAGAGAAACGCCUUGAAGCCAUUAUCAGUGGGGCUGCUCUGUUGGCCGACUCCUCCUGCACAAGAGAUUUCCAUCGGGAGCGGAUCAUUGCAGAAUGCAACGCCAUUCGCCAGGCUCUCCAGGACCUGCUUUCAGAGUGCAUGAGCAAUACUGGAAAAAAGGAAAGGAGUAAUACCCUGAAUAUUGCAAUAGAAAAUAUGUGUAAGAAGACAAGAGACCUUCGCAGACAGCUCCGUAAGGCUAUCAUAGAUCAUGUGUCAGACUCUUUUUUGGAUACAACAGUCCCACUUCUGGUUCUCAUUGAAGCUGCCAAGAAUGGCCGGGAAAAGGAAAUAAAAGAAUAUGCUGCGAUAUUCCGUGAACACACCAGCAGGCUUGUAGAGGCCAUGUAUCCAUCAGUCUGGAAGAGUAUCUAUUCCCAUCCUAUCUCCCACCUUGUCCAGGUGGCAAAUCUUGCUUGUUCCAUGUCAACAAAUGAAGAUGGGAUUAAGAUUGUCAGAGUUGCUGCCAAUCACCUGGAAACAUUGUGUCCACAGAUUAUUAAUGCUGCACUUGCUUUGGCUGCAAGACCCAAAAGUCAAGUGGUCAAAAAAACCAUGGAAAUGUACAAGCACACGUGGGAGAAUCAUAUCCAUGUCCUCACUGAAGCUGUAGAUGACAUUACAAGCAUUGAUGACUUCCUGGCUGUAUCUGAGAGCCAUAUCUUAGAAGAUGUCAACAAAUGUAUCAUAGCCUUGAGAGACCAGGAUGCUGAUAAUCUAGACCGAGCUGCAGGUGCUAUCAGAGGACGGGCAGCAAGAGUUGCUCACAUUGUCACAGGUGAAAUGGACAGUUACGAGCCAGGGGCUUACACGGAAGGUGUGAUGAGAAAUGUGAACUUUCUGACAAGCACUGUAAUUCCUGAAUUUGUAACACAAGUCAAUGUUGCCUUGGAAGCCUUAAGUAAAAACUCUUUGGAUGUGUUUGAUGAUAGUCAAUUUGUGGACAUCUCAAAGAAGAUCUAUGAUACAAUUCAUGAUAUCAGAUGUUCAGUCAUGAUGAUUCGGACUCCAGAAGAACUAGAGGAUGUGUCUGACCUGGAAGAGGAUCAUGAGGUCCGCAGUCACACCAGCGUUCAGACUGAAGGGAAAACUGACCGGGCUAAGAUGACUCAAUUGCCUGAGGCAGAAAAGGAAAAGAUUGCUGAGCAAGUUGCUGACUUCAAGAAAGUGAAGAGCAAGCUGGAUGCUGAAAUUGAGAUAUGGGAUGAUACGAGCAAUGAUAUCAUUGUUCUGGCCAAGAAGAUGUGUAUGAUCAUGAUGGAGAUGACAGACUUCACAAGGGGCAAAGGACCACUGAAGCAUACAACUGAUGUGAUCUAUGCAGCUAAAAUGAUAUCAGAAUCAGGAUCAAGGAUGGAUGUCCUUGCUCGGCAGAUUGCCAACCAGUGCCCGGAUCCAUCGUGCAAACAGGACUUGUUGGCCUACCUGGAACAGAUUAAGUUCUACUCUCACCAGCUGAAGAUCUGCAGUCAAGUGAAAGCUGAGAUUCAGAACCUGGGGGGAGAGCUUAUCAUGUCAGCGUUGGACAGUGUCACCUCCCUGAUCCAAGCAGCCAAAAAUUUAAUGAAUGCUGUCGUGCAAACAGUGAAAAUGUCUUACAUUGCCUCAACCAAGAUCAUCCGAAUUCAGAGUCCCACUGGGCCCCGGCACCCAGUUGUGAUGUGGAGAAUGAAGGCUCCUGCAAAAAAGCCCUUGAUUAAAAGAGAGAAACCAGAGGAAACUUAUGCAGCUGUCAGACGAGGCUCAGCAAAGAAAAAGAUCCACCCAGUGCAAGUCAUGCGUGAAUUCAGAGGAAGACAAGUCUACUGAAACCACUGUUCUACGCUAGUGUGUAUAUUACAAAGUCCUGGCUAAACACACUCCUUUAUUUUCACACUUGAUUAGUUCUGUAAGUUUACUAACUUAGAAUUUAACCCACAAAUAAUGUAAAACGUUGAAACCCUAACCCACAUGAGCAACAUAUAUUUGGGAUCUCGUCAUUGUCAUUUCUGUAUGGCCAACAUAUGCUUAUUGAAUGAAUGAAAUAUCCAGGUGUCAUUCAGCCUUUCCUUUCACAGAAUAUCUUACAUUCAUUUCUCAAGUUCAUCUGUAAUAGGUUAAGUAUACUCAGUCUUUUUGAUUAAAUUCACCCUUUGAAUUAAAACAUU